GCUCCCCCCCCUGCACAGUCCGCGAGGAAAGGGGGCUCGGGAGAGGGGGUGCGUACAUGUGCGCACGCUUGGCUUUGUUUGUUUUCCGUGCCACGCGGUUGCCUUUUCGGCUUCCACCCAUUGCACGAGUGUGUGUGUUUUACACCCACGAUUGCCCUGCCACAGGCGAGGAGAAAGAAAUAGACCGCGGAGGGGAGGAGUGGGGGAAGAAGCCCUUGGAAAACAGCACACGCGCCGGAGCGUUGCGCAUAAAAAAAUGUGCCAAAGCGCGGCACCUUUCCCUCUCCGCCGCAGGCGUUAGGCUGCGUCGCCGGAUCCCGGAUCCCAGGCGAGGCUCUCCGCAGCAGCUGGGCCGCUCCCCGCCUGCGGCCCCGCCCUGGAGGCCGGCGGUGUCGGCUGCCUCUGCCUCCGCCGCCGCACGUUGGCUGGGAACAUGGCUGAAGUCGGGGAGGACAACAGCGGGGCGCGGGCCUUGCUGGCGCUGCAGCGCUCGGCGCCCUGCAGCCCCGCGCCGCCAUCGGCCUCCAGCUCGGGCCCGCCGUUGCUGCUACUGCAGCCGCCGUCGGCGCCCGCGGCCUCCUCCUGCUCCUCGUCGGGCCCGGCGUCGGCGCUGCCUCCGGCGCUGGCGCGCCUGCAGGGCCGCGACCUGGAGUUCGUGAUGCGGCAGGCGUCGGUGACGAUAGGCCGCAACUCCUCGCAGGGCUCGGUGGACGUCAACAUGGGCCACUCCAGCUUCAUCUCGCGCCGCCACCUGGAGCUCGCCUUCCGCGCCCCGCACUUCUACCUGCGCUGCCUCGGCAAGAACGGCGUCUUCGUCGACGGCGCCUUCCAGCGCAGGGGCGGCCCGGCCCUCCAGCUGCCCCCGCAGUGUACCUUCCGGUUCCCUAGCACAAUAAUCAAGAUCCAGUUCACAUCGCUCUACCACAGAGAGGACGUGAAAGAGGAAGCUUCGUCGCCUCCACUUCAGCCGCUCUACCCUCAAAUAUCGCCUCUUAAGAUACACAUUCCGGAGCCGGACCUCCGGAACUUGGUCAGUCCCCUGCCGUCCCCCACUGGCACGAUCAGUGUUCCCAACUCGUGCCCGGCCAGUCCUCGUGGUGCUGGUUCCUCAGGGUAUCGCUUUACACAGAAUAUUACCUCGGAUCUGCAGUUGGCAGCAGAAUAUGCGGCAAAGGCGACAUCUGAGCAGCAAGCGGAUGCAUCUGGCGGGGACAGCCCAAAGGAUGAGUCCAAGCCGCCGUAUUCGUAUGCCCAGCUAAUUGUUCAAGCUAUCUCGUCAGCCCAGGACAAGCAAUUAACACUAAGUGGGAUCUAUGCCCACAUCACCAAGCAUUAUCCAUAUUACAGGACAGCUGAUAAAGGGUGGCAGAAUUCCAUUCGGCACAAUCUUUCCUUGAAUCGUUAUUUUGUUAAAGUCCCACGUUCUCAGGAGGAGCCUGGGAAGGGCUCUUUCUGGAGAAUAGACCCUCCCUCGGAAGGCAAGCUGGUGGAGCAGGCAUUCCGGAAACGUAGGCAGAGGGGCGUGUCCUGCUUUCGAACACCCUUCGGGCCACUCUCUUCCCGGAGUGCCCCCGCGUCUCCGACUCAUCCUGGCCUGCUGUCCCCUCACACUAGUGGCCUGCAGACUCCUGAGUGCCUGUCAAGGGAGGGCUCACCCAUUCCGCAUGACCAUGACUUUGGCUCAAAAUUAGCUUCUGUUCCAGAGUAUCGGUAUUCACAAAGUGCACCUGGCUCACCUGUAAGCGCUCAGCCAGUGAUCAUGGCAGUCCCUCCUCGGCCCUCAGCCGUCAUGGCCAAGCCGCUGGCCUACAUGCCAGCCUCCAUAGUGACCUCUCAGCAGCCGUCAGGUCAUGCUAUUCAUGUCGUCCAGCAAGCCCCCACUGUAACCAUGGUCAGGGUGGUGACCACCUCUGCAAACGCGGCUAAUGGUUACCUACUGACCAAUCAGGGGCCAGCAGGCGGUGCCCAUGAAGUAGCAGGAACAGUCUUGGACUUGGCCGGUGAGCCGCGAGGGAUGGAGGAAAAGCCAACCAUUGCGUUUGCCGCCAUUCCCACGGCCAGCCAAGUCAUUCAGACAGUUGCCAGUCAUAUGGCCCAGGGUGUCCCAGGACAAACAGUCACCAUCCUCCAGCAAGCAACACCCAUGACCCUUGGACAACACCAGCUACCUGUCCGGGCAGUGAUGCAAAAUGGGAAACAUGCCACCCCCACCAACAGCAUAUCUGGCAGUGCUUAUGCCCUCGCAAAUCCAUUGCAGCUGCUUGCUGCCCAGGCCAGUUCUUCGCCUCCGGUGGUGGUCAGCCAGGGAGGUGAGGCAGGGAGAAGAGAUGCCGAAGAGCCUCAGAGCGAGCCGGAUGUCAAAAGGCCUCGGAUCGAAGAGCCAAGAGGAGCAGCUCCAAUGCAAACUGGUGUUAUCACUUCAACAGCCCCACAAGGACAGGCUGCCAGCGAAUAAGGAACAGGGAUGUUCUGAAAGGUGGCAGCACAGGCUUUGGGGGGGUUUCUUUUUAAAAAACAACAACACACCUUGACAUUUUCAGAAAGAUUUUUUUAAAGCUCCUUUCAGAAUAAGAUUUUAAAGGACAGGCCAGCAGUUCUUAGAAUCUUGAGGUGCCAAACGAAUGGGCAAACCUCCUCUAUCUGUACCCAGAAGUCUGCUCUGCCUUUUACUUCAGAGAUCUCUUCCCCUUCCCCCCUUUUUAGAUUAAAAAAAAUACAGACAAUUUGAUUGUAUGACUGCUGGGGUAUUUUUUUCUAUUAAUUUUCUCCUCUUCAAAGAAUGGGAGUUAUAUGUGAGCAUAUUAAAUGCAGGGCAGAGGCGUGUCCUCUUGGGGUGGCGGGGGGGGAGCGUUCUGAUCUCCAACAACUACUUCUGUCUCUUUUAUACAGAGAGAGAGAGAGAGAGAGAGAGAGAGAGGAAUGCACAUCCUUUCAUCUCUCAAAGCUUUGAAACCUAAAAGCCAGCCUAUCCAUAAAGGUAUGUGCAAAAAGUCUGGAAUUAGACAUGGUAAUAAACAAAUAUGUGCCACCAGAAA